CUUUUUUUAAAGCGUCGGCAGCGCAAGUCGAUCUGCGGAGCUCAACAAACAAACGAAAAGAUUUUUGGCUGUGUCAAAUGAUGACGCUUGACUCGAUUUUUGCAGAGGUAUGUGGUGUAGCAGCAUCUUGUCAAAGGUACUUGAGAGAUAAGGCCUUUUUCUUUUUUUAUAUGUAUACCCAGGGCUAGUUAGCAGGCAUCUGGAGCUCGCAUUUUGCAUUCAUUUUCAACAAUACCCAAGCAUGGACAAUUCGUCGGUUAUGGCUGCCCAUUUGGCAAGCCAAUCCGCAAUGAAACGCGACCUUUCAGAGUCAUCUCCCGAUGACCAGCAUCUGCAGAAAGUCGACCCUUCCAAAGAAGAACAAGCAUCCAUGGCCGCGGCAUCUCCUCCAACGGAAAAUGUGGUUCCGGCAGACAAGGUUCCUCAUACGACGUUGGAUGAGUUGACUGAGGUCGUUAUGAAGGGGAGACCGUCGUCGGUUGUCUCAAAGGCAACGUCUGCAUCCAUUCCACAAGUUCCCCUUCCAACCCAACCAAAACGACUCAACAGCGACAAUUUCCGCGCUGCAGGAAAAACUGUUAUCGCCGCCAACGUCAUUUCACGACCCAUUGGACAAGGACCACCGCAGAAACACACCAUCACGGCUGCUCAGGCCAUGACCCGAUUGACCGGCGUGAUUUUCGACAAUGACGGAGAAAUACCGGCGCCUCUCCGAAGUUUGGCUGUAACGGGUAUCACGACGAUGGAUAAUAUGAAGGCACAGCUAGAUGCGUAUAAACCACUAGUGGAGCAGAUUGUAUAUUGGGAGAAUAUGAAGGUUGCUUUUUAUUUUACGACUGGGAUUAUUUUGACGUGGCUUUUCACGCGUAUUGGGAUGGGGUUUGGGUGGGUUAUUGUCAUUCUUAUCAUGGUGGGAGGGGCGUUUCGACGAAACCAGCAGCGGCUCCGCCGAAAGCUACGGAAUGAUUUGAAUAAGCAAAUGUCCAUGAAGAGGUUGGAGACGGAUACCGAAACAGUCAACUGGAUGAACCUAUUUCUGACGCGGUUUUGGUUGAUUUUUGAACCGAGUCUCUCUGCUGGUAUCAAGGAUGCCGUUGAUGCCGUCCUCGAAGCCAACAAGCCCGGUUUCCUGGACGAUCUGCGAUUGACGACAUUUACGUUGGGAUCAGAAGCACCUCGUGUGGAGGGUAUCCGAUGUUACCCAAGUACCAGCGAUGAUAUUCUCAUGAUGGAUUGGGAUCUUAGUUUUAGCCCGAUUGAUGAUGACGAAAUAUCCAAAAAGCAGAGGGAGCAUCGGGACGUUCGGAAUUCAAAGAUUGAGUUGACAGCUCGUGUUGGGAAGGGCGUUGCUUCCAUUCCCCUACCUGUGUUGGUGACAGAGAUGGAGUUUAAGGGCAAGGCUCGGAUCCAGUUAAAGUUUAUGACUUCCUAUCCGCAUAUCAAGACCGUCGAUUUUGGGUUCUUGGAGAUGCCUCAUAUUGAUUUUAUUGUUCGGCCAUUGAAAGGAAUGGAUUUGAUGGAUACCCCUGGAUUGAGCUCGUUCCUGACUGAUACCAUUAAUUAUUACACGAAAAUGUUUGUGGUUGAUCCGAACAAGAUUACGAUUGAUCUGGAGCAACUAUUGGGAGGGACUUCGGAAGCUGAUAAACCUGUUGGAGUGCUCCGCGUCUCAUUGUAUGAGGCAAAGGGGUUGAAGAAUAUGGAACUUGCCGGAAAGAGUGAUCCAUAUGCACUCUUGUUUGUGGGUGGCAAGCAAGUUGCGCGGACCAAAACCAUUGAUAAUACGCUUGAUCCAGUUUGGGACGAAACAUUUCAUAUCGUCAUUACGAAAUCGGAUUUAACGCAAACGAGCAGUAACUCUGAUGAACUCAAAAUCGAAGUGAUGGACUGGAACAACCUUCAAAAGGACAAGUCCAUGGGUGUCACGGCCUCGUUACGUUUAGCACGAUGGGUCAAACUCCUUGAAGACGAUAGAGGACAGGAAGCGGAUGGGUUAUCCCGAGAGGAGCGCGACCGGCUUUUACAUGAAUGGGGAUCCCCGUUUGGUGAUGAUACUGUCGGGGACAUUUGGAAAAAACUUUCGAUUGGCGACUCACAAAAAGGGGAUGUACGAUUCAAUAUGGCGUAUUUCCCGGUUCAAGAACCUCUGGCUGGUACACCAGCACCUGACAUCUAUUCAGGAAUUCUUCAAAUCACUGUUCAUCAAGCAAAAGAAUUACCAUGUUCCAAGAAUGCGAAUACGGAUUGUUCUAUUGAGCAAGAUGGGAUGGAGUUGUUCCGGACGCCUGUCAAGAAGAAGAGUAAUAAUCCAGUGUGGGAUGCGCCGUUUACGGUGUUUGUGAAUGAGUUGGAUAUGGCAAAGUUUAAGUUUAGGGUGUGGCAGGGGGGACAGGCGUUGGGCGGGUGUGAUAUUUUGCCGAGAGAGUUUAUUGGAAAGGAGUCAACGGACGAUUGGUUCAAGCUUUAUGGCGGAAAGGAGGCUUCUGGCCGAUUACGUGUCACGUUUAAAUUCACACCCGUCGAUUUGGAAGGUGGAAAUCUGGACCGAAGCAAGAUUAAGCGGCGAAAUCCGGCUGGAUUGCUUCGAUUGCAUGUUGUUGAGGCCAAGGGGUUGAUGAAUGUUGAGAUGAUGGGUAAAUCCGACCCGUAUACCAAACUCAAUUUAGCUGGCCGAGCCUUUGGCGCAACACACGUCAAAAACAACACCCUGGAUCCAAAAUGGGACGAAAUCUUUUACGCAGUGUGUUACAGCAAAAAAGAGCAAUUGGCGCUUUCAUUAUGGGAUUGGAAUGAUUUCAAAAAGGAUCGAACGUUGGGGAGGGUCGAGUUUUUGGUUGGGGAUCUUGUCAAGGAGGAUGAUGAGGAUGUGGGGAGUGGGGAAGAGUCCAUGGUGGAUGAAGCGGUUGGAAUGAGGCCAGAGGUUUUGGCGAGGUUGGAGAGGGAUGGAUUAAAGAUUGUGCGAACGGGGUUGACGGCUGAUGUGUGGGCACCCGUUUAUAUUUACAAAAACAAGGCUGAAGACCUCUUUGCCGAAACAGCCGAAGCAACGCCUCUCGGUUCUAACGAGCAGCUGGACCACCACCGUUCAAGCGUCAAUGGCAUCCCUAACGUUCUCUCACUGGACGGAAUCGCCAGUCUAGCCACCUCAGCAGCCUCCAGUGCUCGCCCAUCCGUUAUCACCGGUACAAAAGAACCCCGACAAAAAGGCUUUAUCCAUUUCGUCCUUGAUUAUUUCCCUGUUGUAUGUGACAAGAUUAUUCAUCCGGAACGCAUUGUGGAUCAUAAACGGUCUAGGGAGAGUAUCGGGACACAGUAUGGAUCGUUACCGUCUGUGGCUGAGGAAGAAGAAGAAGAUGAUGAGGAAAUUAAACGCCAAAAGGAGGCGUUGCAAAUUGAAAAGCGACAGGCAGUAGAAGAGGCUCAAGAGGAACAGGAACGGGUGAUGAAGAGCAAGAGGGAGAGGAUUGAAGGCAUUUUACGUGAUUUCCAUUCGGGAAUUGUCAUGAUACGCGUUCAUGAAGUCCAGGAAUUAUGUCGGACUGGAAACAUUUAUGCAGAGAUUGUGAUGGAUGAUGAUGGACCUAUUUGGAGUACGCGGACCAAAAAGCAGACUGGAUCUGCUAAAUGGGAUGAAUCAUUGGACAAGUAUAUAUCUCACGUCAGUACCCAUACCUACACAAUUCAAAUCCGACAUCAACCCGAAAAGGACCGCUCCAUUUCCGAUCCCAUUAUCGGGCACUGGCGGGGAGAUAUCACGACCCUGAUGGGUCGGUCCAAUUAUUGGGUCCCGUUAUUGGAUGGUGAGGCAGACCAAGAUGGAGUUGUUGUGGGUGUUGUUGGUAAAGUGCGAGUUAGUGUUGGGUUUGCGCCUGUUGCUGUUGAAGGGGAUUCGAGUGAGACGGGGGGUGGGAUGGGGAUGGUGCAUUGUGAUGUGUUGGAAGCUAGAGGGUUGGAGGCUGUUGAUAGUGGGGGAGCUAGUGACCCUUACGUCCAAAUCUACCUCAACGGCUCCAAAAUCCACAAAACCCGCGUCAUCAAAAAAACCCUGGACCCAGUAUGGAACGAAACCUUUUCCUGUCCCGUUACAUCCCGUCUCCGCUCCACUCUUGAAUUCCGCGUCAAAGACUGGAAUAAUUUCGCCAAAGACGUGACACUGGGCACGGUCCGUGUCCAACUAGGUCGUCUUGUCCCUAAUACCGUCGUAACGCAUGAGUACCCCCUCGAAGGCGCCGCAGGUGGAACCAUCAAACUCCGCAUGUUUUUCGAUCCCCAAGCGAUCGAGUCUCGUCGGAAUAGUACUGUGAACGUUUCUUCGAAAUCGGAUGUACAUGAUGCGAGUGCGCGAUUGGAGGGUGAAGAGAGUGGGAUGACGAAAAUGGGGAAAGCAGUCAUAUCCCGAUUGGCGGGUACGACUGUUGGAUUGGGUAAAUCCAUGAUCGAUUCUGGUAGUGAUAAGAAAAAGACCAGAGGAAAGGGGGUUGAAGCUAUUGCUUCUGAGCGGGGUAUACUUACUGUUGAUGAUGAUGCAGCGAAUGUCGCCGUACCGCCUUCAUCGCCAGUGACGCUUCCAAAGGGGACAACCACCCUCCAUAUUCUUGAAGCCCGUAACCUGAAACCAGUCGAUACGAACGGCACAUCGGACCCAUUCAUCAAGGUAGUUCAAACCCAUCAUGGAAGAUUAAAAACCCUCUACAAGACGCAUGUGAUUAAAAAGAGUUUGAACCCAGUGUGGAAUGAGAAAUGUGUGGUGGUGGGUCCGCCUUGGCGUGUACGAGUGCUAGUGAGGGAUCAUAAUACUGUUGCGAGGAAUGUCGAGUUGGGGGAAGUGGAUGUGGAUUUUGAAGAGUGGUUUUCGAAUCAAGGGGAACAAGAAGAGGAUAUGAUGAGAGUUGAGAAAUGGGUUCCGUUGUCGUUGGGUGGGACGGGGGAGGUUAGGCUUUUGGCAGAGUAUCAUCGGGAUUUGAAUGGGACGAAUGGGAGUGUUGGGAGUGGGAGGAAUAGUGUUGUUUCUGUUGGCGGAGGUGAAAGUCCUGGGAGUGUACGAAAGGUUUUUGGUGGGUUUUUGGGUAAAAAGAGUCGAGAUAGUUUUUGAUGAAUGUUUGCGUAUUUUUUUGUAUGUGCAUUUGUAUGAAAUAUAUGUAUAAA